UUGAAAGACAUGUAGCUCGGUCGAGGUCAAUUAACGACCAGACUACUAGUAUCUGGCGCUUGCUAGCUAGGCAGCUAGGCAGGACCAACAAUUCCGGUCACGAUCGAUCCACAUCCUCGCCGGCGAUACAGAUCCAUAUAUCGAUCAUGGCAGGAGGAGGAACAACGUUGGAAUACACGCCGACAUGGGUGGUGGCUUUUGUGUGUUCGGUUAUAGUCUUCAUAUCUUUAGCAGUCGAGAGAUUACUUCACUUCACUGGAAAGUAUCUCAAGAGAAAGAACCAGAAACCUCUAUUCGAGGCCUUGCAGAAAAUCAAAGAAGAGUUGAUGCUUUUGGGGUUUAUAUCACUCCUGCUGACGGUGUUCCAAGGACCUAUAGGAAAGAUCUGCAUAUCAGAGAAACUGGCCAGUCAUUGGCUGCCUUGUAAGAAAGAAGAGUCAAAGUCAACGUCAACGACGGCCCAUCUCCAGAUUAGCAGCUUAUUCACUAGUAACUAUUAUUCGCGGCAGCAGCUGCUUUUUCCAACCGGGACCGCCCGUCACCUUCGUGCAGAUGACGCCGAGACGACCUCUCAAUCUGCUUCCGCCGGCUCCUGUUCAGAUGGGAAGGUCCCAUUGCUAUCCACGACUGCAUUGCAUCAUCUACACAUCUUCAUCUUUGUGCUAGCCGUGGUGCAUGUGACUUUUUGUGCUCUAACCAUAAUCUUUGGAGGGGUUAAGAUACGUCAAUGGAAACAAUGGGAAGAUUCUAUAGUGAGAAAAGAGUACAAUCCAGAUGAAGUCCUGACAGAGAAGUUCACUGCCGUUCAAGAUCAUGAGUUUAUCAGGGGUCGUUUUCUGGGUAUCGGAAAGAAUCUAGCUUUCCUGGGUUGGUUGAUUGCAUUUUUCAAGCAAUUUUAUGGGUCUGUGACCAAAACAGAUUAUAUGACAAUGCGACUAGGCUUCAUCAAGACACAUUGCAAAGGAAAUCCAAAUUUUAAUUUCCACAAGUACAUGGUACGUGCCCUGGAAGCAGAUUUCAAGAAAGUCGUUGGAAUAAGUUGGUACCUUUGGGUUUUUGUGGUCGUCUUCUUGUUGCUGAAUGUCGCUGGUUGGCAUGCCUAUUUUUGGAUAGCAUUCGUUCCGUUCUUUCUUUUACUUGCUGUUGGCACCAAGUUGGAGCAUGUUAUAAUUCAAUUAGCCCAUGAUGUGGCCGAGAAGCACAUCGCAAUAGAAGGAGACUUGGUGGUUCAACCUUCAGACGAUCACUUUUGGUUCCGCCGACCUCGAUUGGUUCUCUUACUCACUCAUAUCAUAUUGUUCCAAAAUUCUUUCGAACUGGCAUUUUUCUUCUGGAUAUUGAUUCAAUAUAAAUUCCAUUCCUGCAUGAUGGGAAAAAUUGGUUACGUUAUCCCAAGACUCAUAAUCGGAGCAUUUGUCCAGUUCGUCUGCAGCUACAGCACGUUACCACUGUACGCAAUCAUCACACAGAUGGGAACAUCGUUUAAGAAGGCAAUAUUCGACGAACACGUACAAGAGGGGCUUGUUGGGUGGGCUAAAUCGGCAAAAAAGCACCAGGCGGCGUUGAGAAAGGCGGCAACGAAUGGCAGUGGUAGUAAUGGUUCUAGCAAAGCGGGUCAUAGCAGCAAAUACAAACUGCACAAAGAAGAGGCAGUUUCUGUGUCCAACACUGUGACCACACUUGAAUUGGCUCACGUGGAAGAGAUUCAGCCUCAUCAACAGCCACCAGCCUGA